AACCAAAAAGUUGUGAGGACUAACAAAACAUGGCAGGUGAAGAUGAGUUGACAGACCUUUAAUCUGUCUCACUCUUUAGUUGCACUGCACAUCACAUGCCUCCAUGAAUAUUUAUCUUUUUUCUGUAUAUACACCUACACACACUCUACUAUACGUUAUAGUACAUCUUAAAUCUUGAACCAUCCCGUGUAAGCUUUUGUCAUUGCUCAAAAAAUUCAAAAUCAUUCUUCUUUAACGUAAAGCCUCUCUUUACUUUUCUCCUUCUAUCCAAAGGAGCCUUCUUUUAAAACAUUCUCCUUUCAAGACUCUGCAACAGCAGCACAUGUACACGUUACAAGAUUCGAACUCUCGACUUCUGAUCAGUGUCCUUGAUAUCAAAGCCUGAUAUGGGAAUGCUGUUGCAUGCUCAAGAUGAUUAUAUAGUGAUAGAUAAUGGAGUAAUCCAGAUCACAUUAACCAACCCGGGAGGAAAUCUAACCAGAAUACAGUACAGCGGAAUAGAUAAUGUACUUGAAACGCAUAACAAAGAAUUGAAUGGCGGGUUUUGGGACCUUAACUGGAGUGAAGCUGGAAGUCGGAAGAAUAGGGGGAAAUUUGAUACGAUUACUGGCACUAGUUUUAAGAUUAUAGUAGAAAAUGAGAAGCAGAUGGAACUCUCAUUUACAAGACCAUGGGAUCCUUCGGAUCAGGGUGAGCACGCCCCCUUGUAUAUAGACAAAAGGUUUGUGAUAUUGCGCGGCGUCUCAGGAUUUUACUCCUACGCCAUAUAUAAACAUUUGAAGGAUAUGCCAGCCUUUAAUCUCAACACGAGCAGGAUAGCCUUCAUGCUCAGCAAAGACAAGUUUCACUAUAUGGCUGUAGCAGAUAACAGGCAAAGAUACAUGCCUCUCCCAGAUGAUCGGCUGCCAGGUAGAGGAGAAGAGCUAGCCUACCCUGAAGCAGUUCGACUUGUUGAUCCAGUUGAGCCUGAAUUUAUAGGGGAGGUUGAUGACAAGUACCAGUACUCCAUUGAGAACAAAGAUAAUCGUGUUCAUGGGUGGAUAUGCUUUGACCCACCAGUUGGAUUUUGGCAGAUCACACCAAGCAACGAGUUCCGCAAUGGAGGGCCAUUAAAACAAGAUUUAAGCUCUCAUGUGAAUCCAACAACCCUAGCGAUAUUCUUAACUUCUCAUUACGCUGGAGAAGAUCUUCUGGUAAAACUUGGAGCAGGGGAAGAGUGGACAAAAGUUCUUGGCCCAGUUUUUAUCUAUUUAAAUUCUGUACCAAGUGCUGCUAAUGCACUUUCCCUUUGGGAAGAUGCAAAAGAACAGAUGAUUAAAGAAACCAACUGCUGGCCCUAUAAUUUCCUAGCCUCAGAUGAUUUUCCCUGUUCAGAUUAUAGAGGCACCUUGAGGGGCAGAUUGCUAGUUUACGACAGGUAUAUUGCUGAAUUCGAUGCUCCAGCAGCCCUUGCAUUUGUGGGGUUGGCCGCACCAGGAGAUGCUGGAUCAUGGCAAAGAGAAAGCAAGGGUUACCAAUUUUGGACUAAAGCUAAUGAAUGUGGCGAAUUUACCAUUGGCAAUGUACGUGCUGGAAGUUACAAUCUUUUUGCAUGGGUGCCUGGUUUUAUAGGGGAUUAUCAAUGUGAUAUUGAAAUUUGUAUAACACCAGGUUGUGACAUUGACAUGGGUGAUUUUGUGUACGAACCUCCAAGAGAUGGUCCUACGAUGUGGGAAAUUGGGAUUCCUGAUCGUUCUGCAGCAGAAUUUUACAUUCCUGACCCCAACCCAAAAUAUAUCAACAAACUCUAUGUCAAUCAUCCAGACAGGUUUAGGCAGUAUGGCCUUUGGGAACGAUAUGCAGAAUUAUAUCCGGAUGAAGACUUAGUUUAUACAGUUGGGGUUAGUGACUACACAAAAGAUUGGUUCUUUGCUCAGGUCAAUAGGAAAAUAGGAGAUAGAACUUACAAAACCAGUACAUGGCAGAUCAAGUUUGAAGUUCUGAACAUCGAAAGAUCUAAAAACUACAAAUUACGGCUGGCACUUGCAUCUGCACAUCAUUCUGAUUUACAGGUAAGGAUUAAUGAUCCUGAAGGCGACAAUCCUCUGUUUUCAACUGGAGAAAUCGGGGACGAUAAUGCAAUUGCCAGGCAUGGAAUCCAUGGGCUCUACUGGCUGUUUACUGUAGACAUUCCAGGUGAUCAACUAGUGGAAGGGGAAAUAAACACCAUAUAUUUGACACAAUCGAAGAACAGCAGUCCUUUCCAGGGGAUUAUGUACGAUUACAUCCGUUUAGAAGCUCCUUCUCCAGAAAAUACGAAAGCUGCAUCUUACUAGUUUCCUUCCUUUUCAUAGUGAUUUGUAUGAUCUUGCAUCCAUUUAUAUACUUGCAAAAAUUAACUUGUUUCAGAAAUGGAGCCGGGCACAACCCUUGCUAAUAAAGCUGUCCCGUGCCAAGGUUCUUAAUAUAUCUAUGUUCGACAUC